UGUUAAAAGCGUUAUACAAAUACGUUGAAUUGAAUUUACGUUUAUCUUGUGAACUCAAUUCUUCAUCUUAAAGCCUAUUAUUCAGUAACUCAUUCCAAAUGGACUUCUGCUGGACCAAACAUGGCUUCAAGAGUAAAUCUCAGACUCGUUUCAACAGUAAACUGCAGAAUAUCUCUCUUUACAUUUGUGCAUUUGUGUAUGUACACACACACACACCUCUACAUAAAGCAUAACCUUUAUUGAUGUAGUUUCUGUUUUAUUUCAGAUAAGUUGAAACUUCCUCCAGGGAAAAAAUUGACAACUUCAUAAAUAUCCACAUCCUGAUGGGUCUUAUAUUACAUAACCCUGCAUGAAACUGACAACGCAAGAUACUGAAACCAAAAGAGUUAAAGAUGAAAAUAAAUCUGCUGACUUGUUUGGAUCUCACUUUUCCCAGAACUAGUGCUGGUUAUAUCGCUAUUUAAACCCCACAUUCUCACAUACAGUGAUGCAUAAAACUGUGAAUAUGUGACUUUAUUGUGUUCUAGAUGUUUAUACACAUCUACAGAAGUGGCAUGUAUAUAUAUAUAUAUAAAUUCAAGUAUUGCAAGACAUGUAUGGAGUAAAUAGUUUUCUAAAUGAUGCGUUGUGUUUUUACAAAACAGACCCUUUACCUAAGCCUCCUGAUGACUUGGGCGGUGAAGCGAAAGUUGAUAUCUGCUGGAUAUAAAAACUUCUGACAUGUCUGUUCAGGGCACUCAUGCUAUGCUGAACUGAAGCAAUCCCAGGAGAGAAAGCAAUCCCCCAAGACCUUACCAAGAAGGGCUAGCCAGAUGGGAUGUAGUUGGCAUUCCAAAGACUCAAAAAAGUGUUCACCAUUUCCCCUAUAGUUCAGAACUCCAACUUCAACCGCCCUUUCAUCGUCCACACAGAUGCCUCAGAGACAGGACUAGGUACUGUCCUUUCGCAGACCUUUGAAGGGGAGGAGCACCUGGGCUUCUAUAUCAGGCCAGGACCUCCAGCUUGGUGAAACAUUGUAGUUGAUAUGGGAGGAAGCUACAGCAGAAGACAGUGGGUUCUCCUGGCCGCGGGUUCUAAAGGUUGGGAAAACUACAGACAUCAGGCUAAUGUGUGUCACGCUUAUCAAGUUGCUCAACAGAAUGGCAUUCCAGAUGAACAGAUCAUAGUGAUGAUGUAUGAUGAUAUUGCUGAUAAUGAAGAAAAUCCUGUAUGUGGAAACAUCAUUAGUGUACCAAAUGGCCCAUAUGUUUACCCUGGGGUUCCAAAGGACUACAUCGGAGAGGAGGUAUCAGCUGAAAACUUUCUAGCUGUACUGCGUGGAGAUCCGUCCGCUGUUAAGAAAACAGGACCAAAAAAAGUCAUACAAAGUAGUCAAAAUGAUUCCAUCUUCAUCUACUUAUCAGACCAUGGAGCUCAUGGAAUCUUUGGAUUUCCACAUUCUACACUUUAUGCACAUGACCUCAUUAAGACAGUGAAUACAAUGUCAUGGAGUGGCCAGUUUUCAAAGAUGGUGAUUUAUAUGGAAUCGUGCCAUGCCGGAUCAAUGCUGGACAAGCUGUCAGACACAAACGUGUAUUCAGUCGGCUCAUGCGGGUCUAACGAAUACGCCUACGCAUGGUUCUGGGAUAAGGAAAGAAAGACUUAUCUUGCUGAUGUCUUCACUACUUACUGGCUACACCACACCGAGACGGCAAAACUCAGCUUGACUUCAUUUGAAGAUCAGUUUUCUUACCUAAAGGAAAAUGUCAGCAAAGCUGUGAGAAAGUAUGUGGGAAAGACUCAGAUGCCAAGUAAUUACGGGUACAAGGGCAUGCUGAAGUUGAUGCUGAGUGAAUUCCUCGGAGAAUCCCCCGUCUCCGUCAGCGAGGUCUACACGUCCCAGACCCUGAACGUUGUAGAAGUGUGUGACGUUGUAGAAACAUCAGACGUUCCACUGAUCGUUCAAGAAAACAAGAUUAAAAAUGAACAGGAUCCAGAAAAAAGACAGAUCCUGCAGAAACAAUAUGAUGAUCUUAAAAAAAAGAGGAAGACAGUGGAUGAAGCGCUGCAGAAGAUUGCAGAGAGGAUAAACGCCUCACGAGCUCUGAGUGAGAAACGUGAGGUGACUCUCACGUACGAGCUCAAAGUCGUGGCUGAACAUUUUAGGAAAAAUCUCUUCAACUGGGAAAAGGAGCCGUAUGUUGUCACUUGUUCACACCUACAGAUUUUAGUGAAUCUGUGUGAGUGUGGGUUGGAGGUUGAGAGCAUCAAUGAAGCCAUCUCUCACGUGAGCCGGGAGAUUCCUUUCUGAAGAUCUCACACACGACUUCUCAAUCAUUUUCUUGGAUGUUUAUGAUUUAUUAUCAUGAUGUAUUUGCAGUGGAAAAUGUACCAAAAUCACAUC